AUGGAGGUUCUCGCUGUAAGCCAUUCAACGCCAAAACAUCACGACGUGAACGGUCUCAAGCUCUUCACCUCGAUCAUCCACGACCCCUUAACAUCACCGUCCGACUACAUCGAGCUGCACGAGACUGGCGUCCUAGGAAAUAAGUUAGCGGCCCACGACGGCCCCGUUUACAUAUUCCUUGCCGAGAACUAUGCGUACUGGCAGAAGCAGCUCGAGGUCGACCCAUCAUCCUGGGGUUUGUGUCAUUGGGGAGAGAACAUAACCGUGCGUCUCAAGGACAAGACGAUACUGGAGGAUGAAAUUCGGCUCGGCGACGUUUGGAAAAUCGGAGAUACUGUGCGCCUGGAGGUUUGCGGUUCUCGGAUUCCUUGCCAAAAAAUUGCCUGGAGAUGUGGACAAAAAGACUCCUGGCUUCAAAGCCUAGCAGCGUCCGGACGCGUUGGCUUCUAUCUGAGAGUGCUCACCAGUGGCCGAGUGCACCCCGGAGACCAAGGGACUUUCGAAAGCUUCUCGCAUGAUGCCAUAGAUGUUGCCACGAUCUCAAGGGUGUCUUACGACACUUCCUUGAAAACGAAAGAUACUCUGAACAUACUGGCGAACCACAAGCUCCUCUUGCGCAUGAACAAGUAUUUGCUCAGCCGAAAGCUCACGUCGAUGGAGGAUGAGCAGAGCCGCGGCAAGAACGUUUGGAAAGGCUGGCGAGACCUUCGUCCUUUCCGCAUCGUGGACGAAGGAGGGGACAUCAAGUCAUUCCAUCUCCGGCCUGUCGACGGCGAGCCAUUGGCGAACUUCCUACCCGGCCAGUUCCUGACAAUCCGCCUGCCUAACGGGAAGACUCGCAGUUGGACAAUUUCGGACUGGCUGGAGCGUGACGGCCCGUCGUACUACCGAAUUAGCAUCAAGAAAGCCGGUGGCGCGUCGGCCUGGAUGCACGACGAAUGCACGCUCGACACGGUGCUCUCAGCUCGCUCCCCGGCUGGGCGCUUCUACUUCGACUGGACGUCUAAGCUGCCAUUCCGAAAAGUGUAUCUCUCGGCAGGUAUCGGCAUGACACCCAUCCUGGCAAUGAUGAAAGCCCACGACAGCCAUCCCAAUUACCAAGCCGUGCCGGCUCUGUGGGUACACGUGGCCCGGAACGGCGCAAGCUUCCCAUUCCAAGGAGAGAUACCGCGCUUCGAGAACAGACCCUUUGAGAAAAUGGUGUUCUUCACUGACCCGGGCCUACACGAUGUACAGGGUGUACACUACGAUCAACGCGGACGACCCGAUAUGGACACGUUGAAGAGCCUCAUCGGCGCGCCGUUCACCUGGAACCCGCUAGGUGCUGGGGAUUACACGUCAGAUGGGAACUUCUCAGCCGCUCACAUCUGCGGUCCGCCGGAAUUCGAGAAGUCCAUGAGAGAAUGUCUGGAAAGCAUCGAUUUUCGGACGCCUCUCAUCCACAGCGAGUCUUUCUCCGCGUCCGGAGCAGCACUCGGCGGCGUGAAACGAGCAAAAGUUCGCUUCACAAAGUCCAAGGUGUCUGCCACUUGGACGCAGGAUGACCCAAAGUCCCUGCUGGAACUAGCGGAGUCCCUGGGACUCGCACCAGACUAUGGAUGUCGAGUUGGCGCGUGUGGGAGCUGUGCAGCGAAGCUCACUUGUGGAUCUGUGACUGGGGGAGUGCAGGCUGAUGGUACGGUCUUGACGUGUUCCGCGUCACCAGCCUCGGACGAUAUUGAGGUAGAUUUGUAG